AUGCCCAAGCGCAUCCGCCGGAAGCGCCCCGAGUCGUUGAGCUUUUGGGAUUUCCCGGCCUUGCUGCAGUUGUUAGACUCCCUGGACAUCAAGCGGAGCCACGGCCGCCCGUUGCUGCGGGCCUUGGCGGCCAAAGUCACCGAGCCCACGGCCGGAAGCGGAAGCGGAGCGUUGAGCUGGGAGGAGCUCGGUGUGACAGAGCAGCUGCUGUUCGAUUUGGGACUUCCGAGAAAGGCCUCCGAAGUGCUCACCAGGACGCGGCCCUUCAGCAACAAGUUGAGUACGGCCCUGACCUCUGCAGACCAAUCCACCUGUAAGAUGGUCAUCGAGCUUUGGGAUGGCCACAAGGUGGAAUCCGUGGUGAUGCGCCAUGAGGAUCGCACCACCAUUUGCGUCUCCUCGCAGGUGGGGUGCCAGAUGGGCUGUACGUUCUGCGCGACGGGUACCCUUCCAGUGGUUGGAGAUUUAGAUGCCGGGGAGAUCGUGGAGCAGCUGUUGAUGGCACAGCGCUUAGAAGCUCAGCAGGGCUUGGCCCCGGUGCGGAACGCGGUCUUCAUGGGCAUGGGAGAGCCAUUGAACAACUACGAUGCCGUGGUGAGCGCGGUGAAGACCAUGACGGAUCUCGGUCAGCUGGGCUCGUUGGCGUUGCCGCAAAGCCGUGUGACCAUCUCCACGGUGGGACACCUGGAGGGACCGGGGACGGGGGCGGUGGGAAUCGAUCUUGGGUUCCGUGUGAUGGGUUGA